AUGAGUAGCUGCCCCAAUCUAACAGCUUUGCCAGAAUGGUUUGAGGAUAUUGAUUCUCUUAGAUCUGUGACCAUACAUGAUUGUCCUAAUUUAAAAAUGUUGCCAUUGGGUUUCAAGCUUCUCACUAAACUCCAGCAUCUGUCUAUUCAAGAAUGUCCUGAGCUUGAGGAAAGAUGUAGAUGCGGUAGUGGUGAGGAUUGGUCGAAAAUAGCCCAUGUCCCGCAUAAGUACAUUGAAUCGUCUCAGGUCAGGCAGUUUGGCGAAGUGAGCACAUCGAGAAGCUCUUUUGUCCAAGCGUUUUCUCGGGCCGCAGGGGUUGGAUGUUUAGGGGAGGGAGAUAGUGGCCAUACGGGAAGAAUGGGUUUGUGGAGCAACAUUAGCAAUGUGAUGGAAGAUACUAGAUGGUUGGUGGUCGACAUGUAUGUGACGGAUGUUCUGUAUCAACCUCGAAAGGGCAGCGGUGUGGCACAUGCUCUUACUCAAUUUGGCUUGAAGAAGGCUCCAGUUUCGUUUGAAUGGCACCUUGAUUUUCCUCCUUGUGGGGAUUUUUUCUCCUUCAUCGCAAUUCAAGUCAUUGUUGUUUAG